GCCGACUUCACUCCUCUCAUCUUCGCUUCCUAUCAUGGCAAUUGCUCACUCGUUCUCACCCUCCUCGAAAUGGGAGCUGAUAUCAACGCUGUGGAUCAACUUCUUUGUGUCUUCAAAAAAAUGUACUAUCGAGAUUGCCUCUUUGAAAUCUGGCUACCAUCUUUUAUUCGCUUCAAGCUGGGUGACGGGAAUGGGUGGACGUCACUGCACUGGGCGGCGCAGCAGAAUCGGGUUGACGUGACUUGCAUCCUCCUCCGCCACGGCGCCAAUCGAAGAGCUAAAGAUUGCCAUGGUCACAUGCCGUAUGAGGUGACGACAAAUGCAGAGAUGUCAGAGGCUCUCCGACCGGACGCUUUUUAUCCACAAAUCGAGUCCAAUGGUGCGGUCUCAACGGAUGAAGAAGAGGCCUCUGCCUCUGAGUCCUCUUCAGACGAAGCCGAUGGCGGUGAUCGCAAAGUAGGUGCAAUGCCCAGCUACCACUAUCUUCGCCGUCUCAACUACAACCGUCGAAACCGUCACCAAAACCGCCUCCGAACCCAUCUCUCGCCCACCGUUGAGGCGCCAACUCAAGUUCGAUUGGCUCACGACGACGAGGAUGGCUGUCUAGGUGCGGCAAAGGCCUAG